AUAUAUAUAAUCUGUUGCGUUGAGUCGGACUGUUUUUGGCGCGAGAAUUUGUCUCGCGUGAACGCCCCCACAGAGCGCGUUUGUUUAUUUUCCAUAAUACAGGCUAUAUACCCCGUAAUUCGCCUGUUAUAAUUUAUAUUUGAUUGUUACAAGGAGUUUCAAACGAAUGCCUUAUUGGCAGAGUAUUGAAUAUAGAGUAUUUAACGUUUAGCUAUUCCAGUCUAUUUGAAAAAAAAAAAAAAUGUAUAUACACAAAAUAAAAAAGCGUUGAAUCUGUUCAGCUUUCCAAACGUGCUGGAGGGAUCCACACGCCGCGCAGCACCGCCUAUAAAAGUUUAUUUUAUGGCGUUUCUUUUAAACGGGCUGUUUAAAUGCCGCUUUGUUGCUCGUGACCGGAGCGUUGCGUUUCCGUCGCGUCGCGACGCACGUGAGUAAUCCUCCGGCGGCGAGAUCCGCGGCUCUGGCUCGACGCGCUCGGGAAUCCCUGCACUUUUAACAUGACUUCCGCGAACCGGGCUGGAGCAGAGAGGGAACGUUACGACCCCUCGACCGCAGACGACGCUUACGCUGCGCGCGAGCGACGCGACGCGCAGUCCGGUGCAGGUUUCGUGGAUCGAGGGGAACAUGCGUUUAAGGAAAAGGAGUCUGAUUACAUUCAGGAGUUUAUCCCAUCUUCAUCGCACACGCCAGGAUCAGGCCAGCACAUCCGCGAGGAGUUAAAGUACCUCACUCAAGAGGGACUAGAGCCAGACGUUCAGACCACCACACCAAAACCAACUCAGGCCUUCACCGAUGAGUCCACGGCCGGUCAAAGUCAAGGUCGGGGGCUGGAUCCUACUGAGAAACUCCAAGGACAAGAAUCCGAACGGGUCCCGGAGGACAAGAGGUCUGAUCAGGAGAAUCCACAGCCGGAUCGUGAGACUUUCGUGACACAGAGGAGCUGUGAUUACGAUCCAGAAGAUGGGAUGCCGGCCGUGGUGGUCACCCAGCCUGAAGAGGUCUCAUCAGACCAGGCGGAGGACAUCAAUUUAUCCGUGACGCUCGAGGACAUGAUGCACAGUGAUUUCAGUCGCAACGCGAGUCCCAGCGAUGGCACUGAACUCAGCGGCAGCGACCUGCUGUCCUUAAAGAGUGACACCCUAUCUUUGCUCAGUGAAGCGGCCAUCUCAUGCAAAAGUGAUGAACAAGAAGGACCUGAAGAAGACACUCGGAGCGUCACUGCAUCUUCAGUUAUGUCACUGUUUCAUCGGGUGCAAAUGGACCCCAUCGAGAAAGAGUGGCUGCGUUGUGCGGCGCUAGGAAACGCUACUACCCUGUACCUGCUUCUUAAACAGGACCCUACACUUGUCUCCAAAAAGUUCACGGCGCUCCACUGGGCGGCCAAGCAGGGCCGUGCGGAGACGGCGGACAUGAUGGCGCGCUCUGGAGCGGACGUCAACCAGAGAGCGGGUUACACGCCGCUCCACCUGGCUUCUCUACACGGACACGACAAAAUCAUCCAGCUGCUAAUCAAUAACUACAAUGCCAAAGUCAAUAUAAGGGACUACCACGGGAAGAUGGCAGCUCAUUACUGGAGUGGCAGCAAGGAUAUUUUUACCGAACACAGAUCUCAUUCUGCUGGCAGCUGGCCUAGGGGGAGGCGGGCCCAGUGUUACGCGCAGCUGUCUGCCCUGCUGUCUCGCUCUCAGAGCAACAGAAACAUCGGUUCAGAGACGUCCAGCGGUCCGCUGGAACUCCACCCCCCUCAUCCUGAUACGCAUUCAUCACAAACCACUGCCCAGUGACGGUCAAGUGUUCAUCAAAUGAGUGAUUAAAUGAACGCUGUCAUCAUUUACUCACCCUUGUGCCCUUCAGCAUGCAAGCUAAGACUUAUUCCUCUGGUAACAAUGUAUUCAUUUUAGGUUCUUGUACGAAGACAAAUAUUGUACUGAUAUGCGACAUAAUAUAAAACAUUUCAAUGAAAGUGAAAUAAAGAGAGCGCGCUUCGUGACUUUUGGAGCGCACUUAUUUUGAUAUU